AUGGAAGGCAUCACCGUUCAGCAGUCUCAGUCUCAGCCUCUUGCCAACGAUCCCAGCGAAUACUCCGCAUUGCAUCAGGUCGGUGCUUCCACAGCAUCUGUAAAGCCGCGUAUCAACUACUUCCUACAGCAUUUACCUCAGCAGACGACAAUGUAUUGUGGUGUCUCGUUCCGAACAGCGUACAGAGCUCAAUCUGCAAUUGGUAUCGCAUGGUGGACCGAGGACCAUCCAGCACCUCAGGGGAGGAUCCGCAGCUUGCGUCUAUACGAGCGAUUGCUGCCGUCUACAGUUCCGGUUGGGCUCCGUCGACGGCAACACGUGUUCACAGCGCCGAAUAAACGAUCCGCCCAAAGACUCGACAACAGCAAUCACAGAAAAGAUAUUACCCAUUACCUGACGAACGCAGUCAUCCACCUCCUAGACCACACGGAUUCGACCGACGCGACGAUUGCUGCUGCCCUCAUCUCUCAUCGAAAGAUCAGCAUCUGA